AUGAUUGGCGGUGGAAAACACACGGUGCAAAAAAUCGACAUCGUUUCGCCGCCAUGGGAACACACUCCCCAGGCUGUGGCUGCUGGGACUGGAGCUGAAGGGAAUGAUAUCAUGCUACAAGGACCGACUGUAGUAAUGGAACUGUUACCAAAUGGAACAGUGGAGGACUUCGUGACCAAGGCUACGUAUUACAUGGAGACAGAGUUGAUCCAACACUUACCAAAUCGCCUACUAUGGAGAUUUUUCUUAUGUUGUAAAGACAUCCAAUCCAACGUUGUACGGAUGAUGAUUGGCAUGGCAUUUCCUCACGAACAGGUAGCUGGCGAAGCACCUCAGCUGGAAGAUUUCCCGGCCGGUCUCUCUACAGAAGGUCCCUUUACUCAUAUCGACCUUCAUAUUGGUAACGUCAUGAUCGGGGACUUUAUACCAACUGAGCCUGAGCACGAGAUAAGUCCAAUUAUGAAAUUAAUCGACUUUGGCGUAAUUUCCCGGGCGAUCAGGCCGAACUCUGUCUGGCACGUAGCACCCAUAUUCUUACAGGGAGCUUCCCAGCACAUGAGAGACCUGGGAUUUGUAAGAGUCCUUGUUGAUUGGCGAAACUGGUUGCCUCGCUGA